UGUAAACGCAGCCUUAGUUCCUCUAAUCACCAUCACUGUCAGUGACCGUUAGGUUCAGGAAAUAACACAAAUGGGCACAGGCUGCUAAAGGUAGAUGUUCCAGAGUCUGUCUGAGCCAAGCAGCAAUUGACAGUCUGUGUGUAGGCUAGAUCAACACUCCACUAUACAGGAAGGACAGUACGGUCAUUGAAGUUCAGCAAAAGUGAAACCCAGGUGUAAAGGAGACUACACUCUGCCAGAAUGACAGAUGCUCAGAACUACCCCAUGCCCACAGAGUCUAAGGAGGUCCUGAACUCUAACCUGCCACCCCCUUACCCCCAUGGGGAAACUCAAGUGGACUCCAUGCCACCAUACAUGCCACCCCCCUACUCUGCAGCUCCAGCCAUGUAUCCUCCAUCCCCCUACCCCCCAGUCCUGUACCCACCACAGGCAGGGGUAGACAUGGGAACCCUCCCGCCUGGAGAGUGUAACCCUUUGGGAGAGCCAGGAUCUUCUUCACCAGAGGCAGACGCCGCCCUAUUGGUGUCAUCUUUUGAUGACAAGACCAUAAGGAAGGCGUUUAUCAGAAAGGUGUUCAGUGUCGUGACCCUGCAGUUGCUGGUGACCUUCAGUAUCGUGUGUGUGUUCACGUUCUCCAGUGUGGUGAGGGCGGCGGUGCAGAGCAACAUCUGGAUCUACCUCAGCUCAUACAUUCUGUUUGCUGUGGUGGCCAUCUCCCUUAGCUACUCCAAUUCCUUCAGCAGAAGCCAUCCCUGGAACCUGGUGGGACUGUCAGUGGUCACUCUCACCCUAUCCUACUUGGUCGGCACUGUGGCCUCAUUUCAUGACACCACUGCUGUAGUCAUUGCCAUGGGAGCAACAGUGGCAAUCUCCUUCACCAUCAUCAUCUUCUCAGCCCAGACUCGAGUGGACUUCACAAUUUGUAAUGGCAUCCUGCUGGUGCUGGCAGUGGACCUUCUCAUGUUCAGUUUCUUCUGCUCUUUCUUCUACUCCAAUGUGCUGCAGAUAGUCUACGGAUCUCUGGGAGCCCUGCUCUUCUCACUGUUCUUAGCGAUUGACUGCCAGCUGGUGAUGGGCAGGCAGAAGUACGCUCUGGAUCCAGAAGAGUAUGUGUUUGCUGCCCUGAUCCUGUACCUGGACAUCAUUAACAUCUUCCUCUAUCUGCUCAUCAUAAUGGGAGGCUCCAGCAAAUAGUCAACACCUGGCAGAAACCUACUAUGACACACAUAUGUAGCUGACAUGGCUUAUUGAAUGACUGUCAGUAAACAGGUUUCCAUUCAAUAUUUUUAUGCGAGUAAAAUACAUGUCGGAUAAAACAUUUUAUGACAGGCCUGAUGGAAACAGCAAAUUUGUUGGUAAACUUUCCAAAUGUUGACAAAACUAAAUACGCUAGACAAGGUGGGGUCUUUUUGUGUCGGUAAAAUUAAUAAUGCGCGAAAUGGCAGUGGAAACUCUUUUAAGCACAAAUAUUGAUAUAAUAACCAUCAUAUCGAUGUAAAUAUGAAGUCAUGCGAUGACAUGUUGUGUUAUUCUCCCACUACGACUUGGGAAAGCAUGCAGGUUAUUAGGCUACAGGUGAAAUAAGUUAUGAUGAACUUCAUAGCGUGGUGAAAGUUCAAGGCGAUGAGCUUGAUGCUCCUAUCCAAUAAAUACAACGGUUCUUAUUGUGGUGACAUCAUGACCGAUGCUUAGCUGCCAUUUGACAAAUCAAAUAAUCUUGCUCUUUUGUCCAUAUUAAUAACAUCAUGUAGGCUACACACGCAUUGUAUAUACAGUGCAUUCAGAAAGUAUUCCGACCACUUCACUUUUUCAACAUUGUUACGUUACAGCCUUAUUCUAAAUUUGAUACAUUUAAUGUUUUCCCUCAUCAAUCUACACACAAUACCCCAUAAUGACAAAGGCAAAACUGUAUUUUGUUUGUGCAAAUCUAUAAAAUAAAAAAAACAGAUACCUUA